GCUCUCGCUCGUCACUCUUUCGUUGCUGCUUCUUCUCGUCUUUCUCCUUCCUUCUGCUCCUCGCCGGUUCGGAACAAAAGAGAGAUGAGCGAGAAGAGCAAUCGUGCCCCCCGCGGCGGCCGCCUCCUGAUCCUCUCCCUCCUCCUGUUCCUCUUCCUCGCCGGCCUCACCGCCCUCAUCCUCUACCUCGUGUACCGGCCCUCCACCCCCCGCUUCUCCGUGGUCGCCGCCGCCAUCUACGACCUCUCCAACGCAUCCUCCUCGUCCUCCCCGGCCACCGCGCUCUCCACCAGCAUGCAGUUCACUCUGGUCAUCCGCAACCCCAGCCGGCGCGCCGCCGCCUUCUACGACCACCUCUCCGCCUACGUCGCCUACCGCGGCCAGCCCGUCACCCCUCCGGAGCCGCUCCCGCCCGUCUUCCAGGAUCCCCAGAGCACGGUGGCGGUGUCCCCGGUGCUGGGCGGCGGGUCGGUGCCCGUGUCCCCGGACGCGGCGGCGGGGCUGGCCGCCGACCAGGCCUACGGCAUCGUGGGGCUCCGGCUCUUGGUAGUGGGCCGGGUCAGGUACAAGUCCGGCCCGUUUAGAGGCCGCUGGAACGGCGUCUACGUCCGCUGCGACGUGCUCGUCGGCUUCAAGAAGGGUCUCGCCGGUCCGGUUCCGCUGCUCGGCGAACCGGACUGCGACGUCGACGUCUGAGCCGGCUCGGUGCUUAAGCUUAGUUAAUCUCAUGUUAAGUUUGUAAUUUUAACGUGCUUAAGCUUAAUCGACCAACCGCUGUUUCAUGUCAAUCAAUAAACAACAACUCAUUCCCUCAAAA